GCGUUGGAAUAAGCUAUAAAUUUGUAAUGUCACUCAAGUUGGCGUCUAAAUGGUAAAGAAUUUCGCUAAAAAACGGCUGUCAAACUAAAGAAUUUAAAGCCGUGAAGAUGGAAGACAACUCAGUGGAGAGUUUGUCAGAGGUGUUCAGAUGUUUCAUCUGCAUGGAAAGGCUUCGUGAUGCAAGACUGUGCCCUCAUUGUUCUAAGCUUUGCUGCUUCUUGUGUAUCAGGAGAUGGUUAACAGAACAGCGUCCUCAAUGUCCUCAUUGCAGAGCAUCAUUACACCUUCAUGAAUUGAUCCAUUGUCGAUGGGUGGAAGAGGUCACACAGCAAUUAGAUUCCCUUCAGUUGACAGCGCCGGCCAAGGGCAGGGACGACACAGACAAAGAUAGGUGCGAGAUUCAUCAUGAAAAGCUGAGCGUUUACUGCACGACAUGCAAGAAGUGUAUUUGUCAUCAGUGUGCUUUGUGGGGAGGAACGCAUUCUGGUCAUACAUUUAAGCCUCUCGAUGAGAUUUACGAUCAGCACGUGUCUUCAAUCACAGACGAGGUUGCUGCGUUGCGUCGAAGAUUGAUGGAGUUAAUCAGCUUGGUGCAGGAAGUGGAAAGGAAUGUAGAGAGUCUUCGAGAAGCCAAAGAAGAGCGUGUUCGAGAGAUUCGGAACGCGGUGGAACUGAUGAUAGCCAGGCUUGACUCUCAACUCAAAAGCAAGCUGUUGACUCUAAUGGGCCAAAAGAAUUCACUGACCCAAGAAACCGAACUUCUGGAAUCUCUCUUGCAGGAAGUCGAACACCAGCUGCACUCGUGUUCAAGAAGCGAGCUAAUCGCUAAAAGUGGCGAGUUACUGCAGAUGUUUAACCAGGUUCAUCGCAAGCCCAUGGCGUCUUUUGUCACCCCUCCCAUCCCUGCAGACUUCACCAGUGAAAUCGUCCCUCCUUACGAUACCAGUACGUUUUGUAUCACGCAUUUCAGUAUGUUGAAAAGAAAAGCAGACCCUGUUUACAGUGAACCGCUAAAUGUGAAUGGGUUGAGCUGGAGACUCAAGGUGUAUCCUGAUGGUAAUGGUGUUGUACGGGGUAACUACCUCUCUGUCUUCUUAGAGCUGACUGCAGGUCUGCCAGAGACAUCCAAAUACGAGUAUCGAGUAGAGAUGAUUCAUCAUGCUUCACCUGACUCCAGCAAGAACAUCGUAAGGGAAUUCGCUUCUGAUUUCGAAGUUGGCGAGUGCUGGGGAUAUAACCGUUUUUUUCGUCUGGAUUUGUUGGCCAGCGAGGGGUACCUCAAUACAGCAAAUGACACACUUAUUCUACGAUUCCAAGUCAGACCUCCAACAUUUUACCAGAAAUGUCGAGACCAGCAGUGGUACAUCAAUCAACUAGAGACGGGUCAACUUCAGUGCAUUCAACAAGUGAAUGACUUGAAAGAGCGAUUGGCUAUUGAGCUGUCACGUAAUCACACUGCUCCGCCCACUGGAUCAGGAGCCUCGCCUGAUAGAAGUCACGUGUCACUCCUAGAACAAUCUAUCGACAACGAUGAUGAAUCGGCUGACCAUACGUUAGUCAAACAGUCACGAGACUUUCAAACUGCAUUCAGCAAGACCAGCAGUACGAGCAAUAAAAAGAAGAGAACGCGUAUACAUACUGCUAUAGACGUAGAGAUGACUACAGGGCCGACAAUGCAGCCAUCAGAGGAAGGAGAAGAAGUAACAGGAGAGGAAAACGCCAUGGACGACGAAGAAAACCUUGAGGAUGAAGAAGAAAAAAGUGAAGAGGAAAGUCCCGAAGAAACAGACGACGAAGAACAUUUCGAAUCCACUAUCUUAGAUGGCACUCUAUCUGAACACGGCACGUGCGCAGAUGAUGCAAAACAAGAAUCAUGUGAUGAGGAACAGCAGCCACAGACAGACAAUCAAUGUCAAGGGGCCGCAGAUGACAGUGAAUGGGAAACACAAGAGGAGGACGAGGAAGGAUGGACAUUAGAAGACGUACAGUUCGAAAUAUUGGAUUCCAACAUCGAGGAAAAGAAAGACGAAGAAAAGAAAGAACGUCAAGCCGAGGCGCAAAGCGAAACAAAUGCCACUUCUUCUUCAAAUACCUUGUCCUUUAUCGAACCAGAAGCCAGAGUCCUACUUAACCUUCUAAAACUUAGUGAAUCAGGAUCUCGUUGGAAAACUUCAAGUGGUUCUACGAGAAAAGCUGUAUCUCUCAUAGACAUGCCUCGAGCGGAAGAAAAGGCUGCAUCCAAACGCCGAGCGCGCUACGAACGCUGUAGCAGCAUGUUGGAAAAGCUACAAAGUUGUCUGAAUCGAGCUGAAGCGAAGAGUACUGCCAUUGCUGCACUUGGAAGUAUGAAGCAUCUUGAAGAAGCCAUUACAAACACGUCUCAAUCCAAACACUCCAGAGCCCACAGACAGAGAAGAGGAGCCUCCUUACCUGUUGUUAACACAAGUCCAAGGAGCAAGUCAUCACCAAAGAGACAUUCAGAUGCCUGUAGCAUAGUACCUAACCUAGAUGUCGGUGGCUGCAGCCCUGAGCAAGACACAGGAAGCCCAAUAUCUAAACGUAGCCUGCCCGAGAAGAUCGACAGCCCCUCGAGCAGUAGACAGGCCGCGUUACACUCAGGCAUGCGAGCCAAGGAACCAGUUAGAAAGGUGGUUCGAUCAAGUGGAAACAGCUCCACGAUUGGCCGAGAUGGUCUCCAGAGAAGUUCACAGCUUCUAUCGGAGCUCAAGCGCGCAUCAACGUUAAACAAAGCCUACAGGUUAAGCUUCACUAGCCCAGAAGAGGAAGAACUUCUCCGUGCUCUAGACGUUGCAUCACGGAAUGAAGACCACAAUGAUUCUGGUUGUAAUGAAGGGGACAGUGUGUUAUACGUGAGCACUCACUCUUCUGACGAUGAGUUCACGUCAUCGAUUAUGUCACAUCAUCACUUAGCUUCAGGCAGUCCAGCAUCACCUAAGAGACCUUCCAGCACUGAUCUUAAUACCAGUCAAGGAAGCCAACACGAUGAUAGUGAACAAGAUAAUGAUGAUCAUCACUAAACCGAUGAGCCUCCCCAGCUAAAGCAGCAUUACUUGAUGGACAUACGUUCAUGAUAAUAUUAAAGCAGAUUUCUAUGAGUGAGGGAAAAGUGCUUUGAAUUGGUAGCGUAUCGGUGGCGGUUUUGGGUUUUUCUCCAACUGUAUACACCUAUUUCGAAACGUAUGUCGAACAUCUAAAAAUCUUAGACUAAAAGAAUUUUUUGUACUUUCGUUUUCUUGCUAAGAUACGAAAAAGUCACAUUUUUAAGUUCUUGCUUCGUAAUCAAAUCCAAAAGAAACUACGCUCGUUGGCUGUGAAAAUAUUACAAUUUGCAGCGUGCUAAUCGGUCUGAGAUUUCAGAUCUCAGAUAUCCGACCGACAACGUUUUUUGGCAUAGGUGUAUACGCGUUAGGGCUGGUAUCAGCCAAGAAUCUGUAAUUUGCCCCGAAACGUGGUUCUUGGGCGCUUCAAAACCAACGCAGCUUGAAAUUAAGCUUAAUGUAUGCGUUGUGAUGGGAUGAAUUGUACAAAAUUGAAAGCCAUCUCAUUGCUACGAGAUAUCGUAACGCGUACGUGCUGUAAGUCAAAACCGUACGUUUUCCACUCAUACGAAAAACACUAUCAUCCUAUAAUGAGAGAAUUUAGAGUGUAAAUCUAUAAACCACCAUAUAGUUGUAUAUAGUUGGAGUUCUGUAAAAAGUAUUGGUGGGGAUCUUGGAGUGUAAUCUAUCGUAAUAUAUUGUCAAAAUGAAUUUGUGUAUAUAUUCUAGUCUAUGUAAUGCUGGGAACAGAUAGUAAAAUAUGUUAUUUUUGUAAUGUAUGA